UGAAGUUUCUGUUCUGUCAAUAGUUUGUUUGGUUUUAAUGAAAAGCAAUGCUGUGCAGAUCUGGUGAUUAUAAAAAUAGACUUGGAAAGGAAGUUGAAUGUAGAGAAUUUCAAAUUUUCCGUGUUCUGCGACUUGAGCAAGUCAGAUGAAUCUUUGCAAACAAACAGACCGGAAAAAGCUUCUAUGUAGUCUUACCAUUAUCACCUAUAAUGCACUUGCAGCCUUCAAACUCGAUGGGUUCUUUACUCAAUUCUGCUGUUUCAACCCAGUCUUCUUUACUUGGUCGUGCGGUCCAUGCCCAGAUUGUCAAGACCUUAGAUAACCCCCUCCCUUCAUUUCUCUGCAACUAUCUUGUCAACAUGUACUCCAAACUUGAUCAUUUUAACUCAGCUCUAUGUGUUCUCUCACUCACAGAUGCUCGUACUGUUGUUACUUGGACUUCCCUCAUUUCUGGUUGUGUCCAAAAUGGCCGUUUUGCUGCUGCUCUCCUCUGCUUCUCUAAUAUGCGCCAUGAGUCUAUUCAGCCAAAUGACUUCACCUUCCCUUGUGUCUUUAAAGCCUCUGCUUCAUUGCAUAUGCCCUUUACUGGAAAACAAGUCCACGCCCUUGCGGUGAAAGCUGGUCAAAUACGCGACGUCUUCGUUGGAUGUAGUGCCUUCGACAUGUACAGCAAAAUGGGUCUUAGAGUCGAAGCUCAUAAGAUGUUUGAUGAAAUGCCUGAAAAAAACAUAGCCACAUGGAAUGCAUAUAUUUCUAAUGCAGUGCUUGACAACCGGUCUCAAGAUGCAUUUGAUGCAUUUAAGAAGUUACUAUGUGUCGGUGGGGAGCCUAAUUCCAUAACAUUUUGUGCAUUUCUGAAUGCAUGUUCUUACACAAAAAAUUUGGAGUUUGGACGUCAGUUACAUGCCUUUAUAAUCCGUAGUGGAUAUGGGGAGGAUGUAUCUGUCUCAAAUGGGCUUAUUGAUUUUUAUGGAAAAUGUCAAGAUCUUUUAUCUGCUGAAAUGGUUUUUGAAAGAAUUAUCUGGCGGAAUGAUGUUUCUUGGUGCUCUAUGCUGGCUACUUUUGUGCAAAACAAUAAUGAAGAGAGGGCAUGUUUAGUAUUCCAGCAGGCAAGGAAAGAAGGAGUUGAGCCAACAGACUUCAUGGUGUCAGGUGUGCUAAGUGCUUGUGCUGAGCUUGGAGGACUGGAAUUGGGCAGGUCACUUCAUGCGCUUGCCCUGAAAGCGUGUGUUGAGGAGAAUAUCUUUGUUGGUAGUGCGCUAGUAGACUUGUAUGGAAAAUGUGGAAGUAUAAUGGAUGCAGAGCAAGUCUUUAAUGAAAUGCCAGAGAGGAAUCUGGUAACUUGGAAUGCAAUGAUAAGUGGAUAUGCACACCAAGGUAAUGCCGACAUGGCAUUGGCUCUAUUUGAGGAAAUGACAUCAAGUAAGCCUGAGAUGGCACCAAGUUAUGUGACACUAGUUUCUGUAUUAUCGGCGUGUAGUAGGGCUGGAGCAGUAGAGACGGGGAUGAGGAUUUUUGGGUCAAUGAGAGAAAGCUAUGGAAUUGAAGCAGGAGCAGAGCAUUAUGCAUGUAUUGUGGACCUGUUAGGACGAUCUGGAUUGGUUGAGCGUGCAUACGAGUUUAUAAAGGAAAUGCCAAUUCUUCCCACUACUUCAGUCUGGGGAGCUUUACUGGGGGCUUGCAGGAUGUACAGGAAGCCAGAGAUAGGAAAAAUUGCGGCCGAAAACUUAUUUAAGCUUGACCCCCAGGACUCAGGCAACCAUGUGGUGCUUUCUAACAUGCUUGCUGCUGCUGGAAGGUGGGAAGAAGCCACGAUUGUCAGGAAGGAAAUGAAAGAUGUUGGUAUAAAAAAAGGUGCUGGUUAUAGUUGGAUUACUGUGAAGAAUCGGGUUCAUAUAUUUCGAGCCAAAAAGAAUAAUGUUCACGAAAGGAAUGAUGAAAUUCAGGCGAUGUUAACUGAGCUUAGAAGGGAAAUGAGGGAAGCAGGAUAUGCACCUGAUACGAAUUUAUCACUCUUUGAUUUAGAAGAAGAAGAAAAGGAUUCAGAAGUGUGGUACCACAGUGAGAAGAUUGCUCUUGCUUUUGGCCUCAUAGCUCUGCCCCCAGGAGUACCCAUACGAAUCACAAAAAAUCUUAGGAUAUGCGGAGAUUGUCAUAGUGCCAUUAAGUUCAUCUCAAGAAUUGUGGGUAGAGAAAUUAUAGUGAGAGAUAAUAAUCGUUUUCAUUGUUUUAAGCACGGCCAGUGCUCUUGUAAAGACUAUUGGUAAUAGCUGCAAAAUAUAAUUAACGAAAAUAUCGAAUGUUGAGA